AUGACAUUUUUAAAUCGCAAUUUAUACAAUAUAUGCAAUUACAAUGCAAUAAAUUAUAGUAAAAACACACUAUUAUCACAAAUAAAACCAUGUCAUUACAUGUCUAGCAAACCAGACACUACUGACCUUGGGCCGCCACCUAGCAAACCUAAACGAUAUUUUGAUCUUAAAAGAUUCAGAGACUACAUAAGCAAGGCUAAGAAGGCUAAAAUUGAGGCUGAAAAAUUAUUUAUCGCCAGGGCCAAUGCCUUGCCACCUCCAGAAGGGUGGACAAUCUCGGACUUUUUGAUUAAAAUGGACAUAGGGGAAAAUGUAGAGGAGAUUGCUGCGUCAUUUAAUUCCUGGAAUGAAUUCAUCACUGCUACCCCUGAAGAAUUAUAUGUACUUGAAUCUUUAACUAACACGCAAAAACGCAAAUUGCUCAAGUAUAUAACGUUAUAUAAUCACGGCCUAUGGCCUGAUUAUGGAUAUCAAUCCUUUAUCAAAAAAUUUCAGUCAAAACCCCUAGCCAAUGAGGGUAAACCUUGGUCUAUUGAAGAUGAUAAUAAAUUGUUAGAACUAUGUGAUUAUUAUGACGUAAAUUUCGGAGAUCCAUGGAUUUAUAUUUCUUGGGAUUUGCAAAGGCAAAUGGAUGAGACACGUGAUAGGUAUUAUGAAUUGGUCUUAUUACGACAGCUUCAAGCAAAAAAUUGCGAAAUAUGCAUCACAAAAGCUAGCAAACCAUUAUACAUGUCAAGGUAUUUCAAAUUACUCCCUCCUACCUUAUACAUCAUACCAUCGUGUACCAAUUAUAAUUUGUCAUCUGCAACUAAUGCCUUGGAUAACAUGCCUCCAUAUUUAUCGCAACUAUUAUCAGAUACUAAAGAUAAUAAUUGA